AUGAGUGUUGUGAAUGGUUUGGGAGGUAUAGGGUUGGGGGGGGGUGUGAUAUUGGGGUUUAAUGGGUAUAUGAGUGGGGGUUUAGUGCGGGGGUGGGUGGGGUGGGGAAUGGGUUUUAUGGUGUGUGUUGGGAUUAGGUUGGGGGGGGGGGGAUGGGGGUGGGGUAUUGGGGUGGGGGAUGAGGUGGGGGGGGGUGGGGGAUUAGGGUUGUGUGGGGGGGGGGGGGGGGGUAGGUGUUUUUGGGGGGAUUGGGGGGGGGGGGGGGUAGGGGGGGGGGUUUUGGGGGGGGGGUGUGGGGGGUGGGGGGUGGGGGGUGGUGUAUGGGGGGGUUGGUGGGGGGGGGGGGGUUAUGGGGUGUUAUAUGUGGUGUGGGUGUGGGUGGGGGGGGGGAGGGGGGGUGGUUAUAGGGGGGGGUUUGUUGUGGGGGGGGUAGGGGUGUUAUUGGGUGGUGGGGGGGGGUUGAGGUGGGUGGGGUAUUGGGGGUAG